AUGGCCGUGGUUCCAAUACUGUAUGUGAUGCAAUCGCGUUGCCUGAGCAUUGAAUCUUUUGCCUCAUCCAAGUUGUUUGCCUCAAGUUGCAACAAGCAUGGGCGAACGACUACAAGUGAUUCUACCAAAUUGUAUCUCAGAGAGAAAACAUUUCACCCACAACUCAGUAGACAUAUUCGAAGGAUUCCUUAUGAGACUCAUGUCCUGAAAGCAUUGGCCACCUCAGAUGUUUCUGUUGUGAAAACUUCAGACCAUGUCGCAACUUAUAGGUUUAUGAUGGAGACCGGUGGCCAACUGAAGGUACUUGUGAAAAGAAAGAAAAACAAGAAUGUACUUCAUGUCCAAGUUGAGUCCUUACAGGAUUUUGAAGGACAAGGAGAUCUGAUCAUGAUCUGGGGGCUGUUCAGAGCUGAUUCAACAAGUUUUAUGCCAUUAGACUCCAAACAGCCCAAUAAAGGCACCAAAUAUAAUAAUACUAUUGAGACCCCGUUCGCGAAAGAUUCUGGUGGUAAGUUAGCUGUCGAGUUAGAGUUCGAGGACAGUUUAGCGCCUUUCUAUGUUUCAAUCCUGUUGAAGCUCCAUUUAGGUUCUGAUUCAAGAAUCUCAACAAUCAGAACCCAUAGGAAAACAAGUUUCAUUGUCCCUGUAGGUUUUGGCUCUGGGCAGCCUUUUCCAUUGGGCAUUUCUUUUUCAGAUGGCGGAUUCAUUAACUUUGCAUUUUUUUCGCGCAGUGCUAAAAGUGUUGUUCUCUGUCUAUAUGCAAACACGGAGGAGGACCAACCUACUUUAGAGAUUGAUCUCGAUCCAUAUGUCAACCGUACAGGUGAUAUUUGGCACGCUUUGGUAGAUUGUUCCUUUCCCUUUGUGGGUUACGGUUAUCGAUGCAAAAGUGGUACAGAUAAAGAAGAGCAUCGAGUAGUAUUGGAUCCAUAUGCUAGGGUUAUUGAUGAAUUCGGGUUGGAUUUGCCUAAAAAAUUUAUCGGGAAACUGUGUAAAGAGCCUGCAUUUGAUUGGAGUGAUGACAUUCGUCCUAGCUUACCAAUGGAAAAACUGAUUAUUUACAGAUUGAAUGUUACACGUUUUACAGUAGAUAAAUCCAGUAAGCUACCCGGUGAAAUUGCUGGAACCUUCUCUGGUAUUUCCGAGAGAUUGGGUCAUUUCAAGAGUCUCGGUGUCAAUGCUGUCUUGUUAGAGCCGAUCUUCCCAUUUGACGAACUAAAGGGACCCUAUUUCCCUUGCCAUUUAUUUUCUCCAAGAAGCUUAUAUGGACCUUCAGGCAAAUCCGAUACUGUUUCUAAAUCCAUGAAAGAGAUGGUUAAGAAGCUGCAUGCAAAUGGAAUCGAGGUCUUUCUGGAAGUCGUGUUCACACAUGCUAGUGAGUUUGGACAAUUAACACAAAUCGACAAAGAAGCUUUGAAUUGCAAUCACCCAGUUGUUCAACAAAUGACCUUAGAGAGCCUGAGAUAUUGGGCAGUCGAGUUUCACAUUGAUGGCUUCUGUUUCAUUAAUGCAUCUUCUCUGACUAAAGGUCCACGUGGCGAGUUUCUUUCCCGCCCUCCUCUGGUGGAAGCCAUUGCCUUUGACCCUUUGCUUUCAAAAGUCAAGAUCAUAGCAGAUUCUUGGGACUCAAAAGAAAUGGCUUUCCCCCACUGGAAGAGAUGGGCUGAGAUGAACACGAAAUUUUGUUUGGACGUGAGGAACUUUUUAAGGGGUGAGGGUCCUAUUAGCAAUCUCGCCACUCGACUUUGUGGCAGUGGGGAUAUUUUCUUGAAGGGCCGUGGCCCGUCGUUUUGUCUCAAUUUUAUUACUAGAAGUGUCGGACUUACUCUAGUAGACUUAGUUAGCUUCAGCUCUGGGAGUGAACUCGAGUCCGAGUGCAGUUGGAACUGUGGCGAAGAAGGUCCCACGAAAAACACACUUGUGUUAGAAACACGGCUUAAACAGAUUCGUAAUUAUCUGUUUAUUUUAUUUAUUUCCUUGGGCGUGCCCGUGCUUAAUAUGGGUGACGAAUGUGGCCUAUCUUCACUUUCGUACACCGACCGAAAACCGUUGAACUGGAAUGCCUUGAGAUCGGGUUUUGGUGUUCAGAUGAUGCAGUAUAUUUCAUUUCUGAGCUCGUUAAAAGUAAGGAAAUGCGAUUUUUUUCAGAGGAGAAGCUUCAUGAAGGAAGAUAGCAUUGAAUGGCGUGGAGUUGAGGAUUCGGCCCCGGAUUGGGAUGACCCGUCGUGCAAAUUUUUGUCGUUGACUUUGAAAGGUGAUGAGAAAACGAGCGAAAGAGAUGAGAUAUUUGUUGCUUUUAACAGCGGUGAUCGAUUGGAAAAAGUAGUUCUCCCGAGUCUUGCGGUUGGCAGGACUUGGGUUCGUCUGGUUGACACGGGACUUCCUUUUCCCGGGUUUUUCAGUGCAGAUGGUUUUCUUAUUGGGGAUGAGAUGGAAAUAUAUGAGAUGAAGGCGCAUAGUUGUGUAUUAUUUGAGGCUAGGAGCUUGUAG